AGCAAGCGAGUCCCAUGUGUCCAACUUUGUCACUCUGGCUGUGCUGGACGGGUCUGGGGUUCAGAAAGCUGGGAGCGCGCUUUGGGGAGAAGGGGAUCUCUCCCCAAGGACUCUUCUUCCUCGACUAGGCGAGGAUGGUCUCUGGCUGUCGCUCUGUCCGGCCAGCAGCAGCAGCACCCAGAAGGAGCGUCGUGUUGGCCGGGCUCGCCGAGGGUGAUGCGCCGCGACAGCUAAACCGGGGAUAGGGUUUCAGCGGCGACUCUAUAUAUAAAGCAGCCGGGGGCCCUGAUGUCAGCGCGCUAAUUAAAUUCCGCCGGGCCGGGCGGCUUCUCUGCGGGGGCUUCUCGGUCGGGAGCCCCUCCGAGAGAGGCGCGCAGAGGCGGCGGGAGAGCCAUGAUGAUGGACCUUUUCGAGCCCGGCUCCUAUUUCUUCUACUUGGACGCCGGCGACCAUGGAGGCCUGCAGGCCCUGGACAUGGCCGACGAGGGGUCGCCGCUGUACCCGGGCAGCGAGGGCCCCUUGUCGCCCAGCUCGUGCCCCGACCAGCUGGCCCCGGAGGCCGGAGGGGGCGGCGGGGGCGACAGCAGCAGCGGCAGCAGCAGCAUCGGGGCUGACGAGGAGCAGCACGUGCUGGCGCCGCCGGGCCUGCAAGCGCCCCACUGCCCGGGCCAGUGCCUCAUGUGGGCUUGCAAGACGUGCAAGCGGAAGUCGGCGCCCACCGACCGGCGCAAGGCGGCCACGCUGCGCGAGAGGAGGCGCCUGAAGAAGAUCAACGAGGCCUUCGAGGCGCUCAAGAGGCGCACGGUGGCCAACCCCAACCAGCGCCUGCCCAAGGUGGAGAUCCUGCGCAGCGCCAUCAGCUACAUCGAGAGGCUCCAGGACCUCCUGCACCGCCUCGACCAGCAGGACAAGAGCCACCAGCAGCUCCUGCUGCCCGCCAACGGGGGCGCCGUCGGAGACGCCUUCGCCGGCAGCGCCAAGCAGGGCCAUGUGCCCCCGCCCGACUUCUUGAGCCCCUGCAGCGCCGACUGGCCCAGCGGCUCGGAGCAUUCCAGGGCGCUGCCCAUCGGCGCCAAGGAAGGGAAUCCCCUUGGCGACUCGUCCGCGUCGAGCAGCCUCCGUUGCCUCUCCUCUAUCGUGGAUAGCAUCUCGUCGGAAGACCGCAGAGUACCCAGCGGGGAGGAAGUCGUGGAGAAGUAGCCGGCCUGGUAGUAUUUUUGGAAACAUGCAGCAGCCCCGCAAGGGACGGUCUCUCUCCCUCCCUCCCCGCCCCUCCCCCUCCACUUCGCCCUUUGGACUAAAUCACAAUUAAUUUAAUCUUCUGGAAAUCCUAGAUGGGGUGGAGGGCGGCGUUGUGGAAAAGAACACACAGCUGAACAAAUAAAAAACGCAUCUUCUUAAAAGGAAGUUUUGCCCUCCGACAAAAGUGCGCCGGCCCGCUUGCAUUUCCACUCCGCCCCCCCCCCCUUCCCGCAAAACCAAAUUUCAGAGGUGUUUUUAUUUUACCGAACGUUGCCUCGACCACCCCGGCCCUCUCCUUUUAUAAUUAAGAUAUUGCCUUGUGGUUUACUGAGGGUCUUUUCUUUGGGUAACACAGUUCAUUCCUGUUUGAAGGAAGUUCCUGGUUGCCUUGUAUUCUCUUCUCUCUCUCUUUUUUAAAGUUCCUGAGAUUUAGGGUUUGUGUUUGCGUGGGUUUUGUUUUUGUAUAUAAUGUUAGUACUUUUCUUUAUCUCUUAUUCCCUUUUUUAACAAAGACAAAAAAAUGAUUAUCUAUUUAAAAUGUGGAAAGUAAUCCUGUAUAUAAGAAAAGCUAGAUAAAGUUUCCAAGGUUGUAAAAUAAAUCUCUUUGUGUAAAAAAA